AAUCUGUAUAUAUGAUUAUUGUAUUUAUAAAAUUUGGAAACCUGUUAUUAAUUUAGAAUAACAGCAGAUAAAAAGAUAUUAAAAUGAAAAAUUGUAUUAAGGAAAUAAGUGUAAUUGUCACUUACAAACGACAUAUUUACAUAAAAUUAAAUUUUAUUUAAUUGCAGGAUAAAGAUCUAAGUGUAUGCGAACAUCCAUUAUCAGAUAUAACGAUUGCUGGAGAAGCAGCUCAUCCACUUCCUCAAACAUUUCAUGCAUUGUUGCAGACUAUAUCAGAUUUAAUGAUGCUUCUUCCUAUGGGUUCAGCAUUACAACAAAUGGCAAUGAGAUGUUGGUGUUUAAAAUUUCAGCCUUCUGAUCAUAGUUUUUUACACAGAAGUCAUGUCUUUUCAAAUAUUAGCAAGAUUUUAUCAAGAACGGAAGAAGAAGGUGAAGAUGUAGGAAAUACAUCCGCAGAUAGCAGUCAGGUGACAGCAGUCGUCGAAUCUUUGAAAGACGUUACAUCAUUAGUCGAUAUCAAAGCUUCUAGUCGUCAAGCUAUGGUUAACAGUUUAACCGACAAUUCGACGGAAACAUUUUGGGAAAGCGGAGAUGAAGAUCGAAAUAAGACAAAGAGUCUCACUCUGAUAUGUAGUAUACAAGCUAGACCUAAAACUGUUUAUGUUCACAUUGAUAAUUGUAGAGAUUUAGGA